UUUGUUUUUACAAAAUGUUCCAUAUUGUUGAGUUCAUCGAGUCAUCUGAAGUGGAAGUUGUGCCAUCUUCAUGGGUACAGAAUGGUGCGUGUGCUUGGCCAUCUUACAAGUCUAUGGCUAAGAUUCAUAAGGCCGUCACACUGCAGGACUCUCCCAAUCAAUCUUGGGCAACCUUCAGGGUGCGAAUUAUUUACACCACAGACUCCUAUGAGGAAGCUCGUCUUAAACUUCCACAGGCAACUGUGAUGUCUGACUUGCAGACCGAUGAGGAUGAUGAUCGCCCAUCCUACACUAAAAGAAAGAACAGUGACAGUGAUGAGGAGAUUUUAUCUGGAAGAAAGAGACUGGGAAAAAAAGGCAGAAUGGAGGAUCUUACAGAAAUUGAUGACGCACCGCAUAUACCGUCACCACCAAUGACUACGGCAGAGUCCUUUAGAACACCAGCAAGAUGCACGGAUACUGCACAUCCCAGUACGCCAAGGAACAUUUACAGUCCUUGUUCCACUGCAGUGGGAAAUCAAGAAAGAACUGGCUGCAACUCGUCAUGUCUUUCAUUACUGACUGAAGUAAUAAAAGCACAAGAAGUCAUGAAGCAGCAACUGGACGUGAUUCUUAAAAAACUGCAUAAGCAAAAUAGUACUCUGCAGUGUGAAGACAUUCCCGAACCAAGCACAUUUGACCUGCCACUGUCCAAUUUACUUGAUUUGGAAAAGCUAGAAUGUCAGAUAAAGGAGCAGCCCGAACAAAUGAAGAAAUUGGUUGCCUACUUUGGAAUAAUUGGUGGGUUUUCCACCAAGGAAGCAGUAUGGCGCAUCCUUGGAAAGCUGUUAGCCAACUCCCUGGCUAAACAAAUUAACUGGAGUGGGGCUAACCAAAAAGUGGCCUUUCGUACACUCACCCUUAGGACUGUCGUUGUCAAUGCAGUGCGGACAAAUGGCCAUACGAAGAGUGCCACUGAUAAAGAGGUUGAAAAAUACAUAACAAGGUGGCUACAACUUGCUCCUGAUCGGGAUGGAGGAAGGAAAGAAAGACAGAAAACAAAUGUCUAA